AGAGUGCCUGGUCCCUGGGUCCUGGUUAUGAUACAAUCUCACCAACAAUUAUGAAUAUGCUAUCUGCAAAGAAAUUUUCUAGUACUUCAAUGUUGAAUCGGAAUAAGAUUUUAAAUAUCCUGGAUCCUGUAAAAGCGGAAGAUAGCGAAUUAGAACUAGAAGCAAAAUUAGAUAAAUUGCAAAGAUUGGAUUGCUGGAAUGAAUCAAAAAGGAUUGGAUUUUAUUCAAAAAUCCAAGUGCAAUUGGAUAAACAGCAGCAUAUUAUCAAUGAUUUAUUGAAAGAAAGAAAUGAAUUGGAGUUGAAUUUAAACAAAGCUACAAGUAAAAUUUUUCUGAGAGAGAAUGAGAAAUGGUCUGUAGAAUUUACAGAACUUUUAGAAUAUCAAGACAAAUUAAAAUUGUUAACAAAUGAUGAGGUUCAGAAGAUUGAAAAGAUUGAGGAAGAGAUAAAACAAAUAGAUAAGCAGAUACAUCAUUAUCAAAUUCAACUAUACAAUGCAAAUAAAAAUAUUUCCCAGACCUCAAAUCAUAAAAAACUUUGGAUUCUGGAGAAUAAACUAUAUCAGAUGACUGUGAAACAUAAUAUUAUGGUAAAUAAUAAUAAGAAUUUGAGGGAUUACAUUACUCUUUUGUUAAAGUUAAGAUUCAAUUUGAAUCACGUCUUUGCUCAUUAUAGUAGAAUUUUAAUUAAAAGAAAAACGAAAAUACAAAAUUUAUGUAAAGAUGCAAAAACAAUUUAUGAUCAAAGGGAGGAAAUUAGAAAUCAUUUACAAACUUUAGAAGAAACAAGUCAGUUGGAAUUCUAUCAGAAUUCUCAAAAAAUUAAAGAAUUUACGAAGCUUCUAAAAUUUCAAAAAGAUCUAUCAACUUUUAUGACCCAAAAACAAAAGCCAAGGACAGAAGUUAAAGAAUCAAUGGACAAAAGGGAUAAAGGAGAAGAGAACACCAAAGAACUUUUGCAUUAUUAUAAUAAAGCAUUUGAGCGUAUUAAAGAGGCUGCUCAUGAUAACGAUAUCAAUAAUAUAGCAAAAGAUUUUGUUCAGACUGAAGAAGAAAAUUUCAAAUUAUUUAAAUUUAUAAAUGAAUUAAGGGAUCAGAAUGAACAUAUUUUAGAAAAGAUAGAAUCAAUCAAAGAAAAUUUAGAAGCUUUACGUAGAGAGGAUGAAAGACAGCAACAACAACAUGAUGUUACAAUUAAUAAACUUGAGAAUAGAUUAAAAUUAUUAUCAGACACUACAAGCAGCACAGAAGAAAAGCUUAAGUUGUGCAAAAGAAGUCUUGAUAUGUUAAAGCAAGGAUUAAUUAAUCUCUUCCGUGAAAGUGGAUGCAAUGACCAAGCAUUGACUACUCUUUUAGGAGGUAGUGAUGGGGUUACUAAUGAUAAUAUCUUAAAAUAUUUAUCCAUUCUAGAAAACUGGAUCAGUGAACUCAUCCUCUAUCAUCAAUAUUUGAAAGUUAAGGAUCCAGAUAGUAUAAUGGGUAAAAUGGCUGAUAAAAAGCCCCCAAAAAUUCGGCCUUCUGUAUCAAGUUUAUCAUUCUCUGGAAUACCUGCAAGUACUAUUCCAGUUUUGAACCCAGCAAUUGAUGAUAUCGAAGAUUCCUUUCAUCAAGAAUUUGAUGUACCGGCUUUACCACAGGAAGACAAGCCAGAUAUUCAACAAUCAAUGUCAUGCGUUCGUACUAUUCUCAGUAGACAGGAAUUAGAAGAGGUAUCUCGCCAAAGAAUUGAGAAAAUGUUUAGUGAAGAUGUUGGCAGUGUGCAAAUUUUCAAUAUUGUUAAACAUUAAAUCUAAAUUUGAUUUUUACUUAUAAAAAAAUUUUCCAAAGAGAGCAUUAACCUUCUACAAUAGCAAUAUCCGGGAUUAAAUAUAUAUAUA